UCACUCUCAUUUUUAGGGUUUCAUUCAUAUCCACACACUCAGAUCGGAGCAAGAGAGAGCCGCCGCUGCACAUUCACACACACACGACAAAGCAAUGGCUCGGAUCAAGGUGCAUGAGCUUAGGCAGAAAUCAAAGGCAGACCUCUUGAACCAGUUGAAAGAACUCAAGGCCGAGCUCGCCCUCCUUCGCGUCGCUAAAGUCACCGGCGGUGCUCCUAACAAGCUCUCCAAGAUCAAGGUGGUGAGGUUGUCAAUUGCACAGGUUUUGACAGUUAUUUCACAGAAGCAGAAGGCUGCAUUAAGGGAGGCUUACAAAAACAAGAAGCUUUUGCCUCUUGAUCUGCGUCCCAAGAAGACCAGGGCAAUCAGGAGAAGGCUUACAAAGCACCAGACAUCACUGAAGACAGAGCGGGAGAAGAAGCGGGAGAUGUACUUCCCUAUGAGGAAGUAUGCCAUUAAGGUGUAAGUUAGGAUCUUUUAUAGGACAUCUUGGUAUCAUGCAGUUAUGGACCCAUUUGUUUGACAAAUUUUGACUCGUUACUUUUUAAUGUUAUUUUUGCAAAUUUGAGUUUGUGGAUCAGUUUUAUGUGUGUAAGCUGGAAGGGUGCAUAGCACUCAAACCAGGGUGGUAGUUUCUGAUGGAAUAGCAAUUACGAGAAAGACUCUAUUCUUGUGCUAUUAUUCAAUGCUUUUUUUUUCUGGUAAAGUUUCA